UGAGCGUAACGGAGUGUGAUAUCGUGUGAGGAGCGUUGAGAGAGAGAGAGAGAGAGAGAGAGAGUGUGUGUGAGAGAGAGGGGGAGGGAGCGUGUGUGAGAGUGAAAGAGAGGGAGAAAGGAAGAGAGAUAGAGAGAGAGGCCGUGUUUCCAUUUGACGUUAGACACAUUGUCCGUCAAAGAAGUGUGUGGUGCGCCAUUGGUGAAGAAUCCUCGCCGUCAUCACGACGGAAGACAGAGAAUAAACGAGGCUGCAUCGUCCUGAUCCGUGACGAAGUUAAAAUCGAGAGCUGAAUGAGGCUCAUGGAACCACUGGGUGUGGCCCCAGAGGUCGUUGAGCUGGGAGCUUUAAGACGAUGGACAGAUCUUCACAUUCAGCAUCGAUUUACAGACUACUCGAAUGUCCUUGGAGAACCAGCUCAUCAUGCGACAAGUCCUUUUCCUUGUCAACCAUCCCUGAACGUCAAAAUUGCACUAUGGACAGGAAACAUUUCUGUUCUUCAAGUGGAUGCGAUAGUAAAUUCCACCAAUGAAACAAUGGAUGAUAAUAGUCCCACGUGCCAAAGAAUAUUUGCACAAGCUGGUUCAGCUCUGAAGAUGGAAAUUUACAACGAAAUUAAAGAGUGCAAAACUGGUGAAGUCAGGGUGACGCAGGGGCACGAUUUACCAGCACGAUACAUCAUCCAUACUGUUGGGCCAAUUUACAAUACCAAGUAUCAGACUGCUGCUCAAAAUACGUUACACUGUUGUUACAGAAACGUAUUACACAAGGCUAGGGAGCUUGGGUUACGUAGUAUCGCCUUGCCAGUGAUCAAUUCCAUUCGAAGAAAUUAUCCACCGGAUGCAGGGGCGCACAUAGCUCUGAGAACGGUGAGAAGAUUUUUGGAACAAUAUAGUGACUCAAUAUCUUGCGUCGUCUUCGUCCUUGAGUCCUGUGAUCUGGGAAUCUACGAGGUUCUUUUGCCGCUAUACUUUCCCAGGACUUUGGCGGAACAGGACAACGCCUGUUGGCAGCUGCCAAGUGAUAUUGGAGGAAUGGACGGCGAACCAUUACUUCCGGAUAGACAAAUCAGAAUCAUUGACAAUCCUCAACACGCCUUACAUGGCGAUGAAACUGUCGAGCUUUCCUCGCAACUGGAGACUUCAGUGAGUCUUGGUGAACAUGCGUUUACGCAAAUGCAAGGGGAUUUGGAUCGGCAACGUCUUCUUGGCGAAAGACCACUGACCGAUCCUUUGGCGGACAUAAUGUUAAAACAGAUGCAGCAAAAGGAGAGGUACGAGAGACUAUUGAGAAGAGCCAAGACCGAGGAUCUUUCUGAGGUUUCCGGUAUUGGAUGUCUCUAUCAGAGUGGAGUCGAUCGGCAAGGUCGACCGGUCGUCGUCUUCGUCGGCAAAUGGUUUCCAGCCACUAAGAUCAAUCUCGACAAGGCCUUAUUGUACCUGAUCCAGUUGCUCGACCCAAUUGUCAAGGGUGACUACGUCAUCGCCUAUUUCCACACACUAACCGUCAGCAACAACUAUCCCAGCCUCCACUGGCUCAGGGAAGUUUACAACGUGCUUCCCUAUAAGUAUAAGAAGAACCUCAAGCACUUUUACAUAAUCCAUCCCACAUUCUGGACGAAGAUGAUGACGUGGUGGUUCACGACCUUCAUGGCACCAGCGAUCAAGCAGAAGGUUCACAAUUUGCCUGGAGUCGAGUAUCUUUACGAGGUCAUGUCGCCAGACCAGCUUGAAAUUCCAGCGUACAUCACGGAAUACGACAUGACGAUAAACGGCCUGAGGUAUUAUCAACCAGAACAAACGGCGCAAUCCUCGACGUAACUGAGAGAGUACGAGGUUAAAGGGUCAUUCACAAUGUUGCACUUCUCAUCAUUCAAUUUAUCGUUCAUUAUCGUGUGAACCAUAUGUAUGUACCAAAGAGUCAUACUUUUGCAUAAGGACACAUAUAAACAUAUAUACGUAUAUACACGGUACGCUUACACAAUUAAUAUAAAUAUAUAUAUAUAUAUACAUAUGUGUAAGCGUAUAUAUGCCGUUUCGACGAGUGGACUGGUGUUUGAUAUAUAACGAGGAAACGAAAGAGAAAAUUAUAGAAGAAGAAGAAGAAGAAGAAGGACGAGGAGGAGAGGAAGAGUUGAGAAUUACGAAAGUGUGUACAGUAGCAAAGAGGAGAACGUGUGAUAGGAGCACGAUUGUCCUGAUGCAUCCUUAUCCUCGUUGGUUAAACCUAGAAAGGAUGAAAUCCCACAUGCAGACCCAACCUGCAACUAGGAGCCAGUGUCUAUGUCGUCCAGGAGAACCCAGAUGCUGGGAACCCUCGAACGUUGAGAAUAAGACCGUAGUUAGGAUUUUCUAGAAUGGUGCGACAGCGCAUAUUCGUUCAAUUUUUUUAGAUAUUGACAAUGAAAAAGAAGAAAAUAUAUUAGGAAAAUGCGUAUCGCGAAUCGUGCUGAAAUCCAAAUUUUCGUCGCGCACUCCAACUGUGGCCAUUUGUCUCUUGAGAGUUUGGGAAGGCUCACAGGUUCUUUCUUUCUCUUUUUUCCUCUUCUGGGACUUUGAGCACGACUCGUGAAGCAAUUUCGUAGCUUUAUAGUGAAUAAGAGAAUAAGAUGGUAAAGUGAAAUGAAAGAAGAAAAAAAAAUAUUCUUAUCUUCGCCAGCACACACAUUGCUGCGUCGUCUUAACACUUACGUUUGACUAGUUUUAAGGCUACUAUAAAGUUAGUUCAGUAAUUAGAAGAUUUUUCGAGGAAAUAGCCGAGAGCGAUCGCUCCAUGGGGAUUCUCGAGUAUUUUUUGUGUUUUGCUUUUCUUUUGCAUUUUUUGUUCGCUUUCUGAAUUCCUUCGCAAGAAUAACGAUCUCCCGGGGUUCUACUCGAGGAUCGCCGUGGAUCGUAUCGGCAACACGUCUUAUUCGUUUACGAGCAUUGGCUGCCAAAACACCAGUAAUCAGUAUUUCCACGUUGCGCGAAAGUUACAUAGAUCUAUACAUAUAAUUAUAUAUACAUGUUACAGAGUCGAUGAAAUUAUUGUAAACUCGCCAUUCGCCUUUCGCGAAAGUUCUUUGUUUACGGAAAGGAGGGAAUUUCACGAUAUCGCGAAAUUCUUUGUUUUACAUAUGAGUACUGUAGAAACGAAGCGCAUUAAUGAUCGUUAAAGAAAGGAAGAAGACACGACUAUACAAUGACGAAGCUUGGAGAAAGGGAAACACACUGAAGAAAGUGAAAGGAAGAAGUGGAGUGUCUGUUUGUUUGCGCGAAUGAGAGAUUGUGAGAAAGGCGAGAGAAAGAAAAGGAAAAUAACAAAGGCCGAAUCUGAUCACUUGACUCUUAUUUUCUUAUCGACUGUUACUAGAUUGUCUAUUUGGAUGCCGCGUAUCAGUAUUUUACUAUGUGACUUUGUUAAAAUUGACCAUACGUCACUGGAAGGACGUCGAAUGCUUGUUUUGGGACAAAUAAGUAACUGGUACAUGAAAGGGACUCUGCGUGAAAGAGGUUGCGAGAAAUUGGGUGAAAGAGCGAGAGAGAGAGAGGUUACAAUUGGUUCCUCCAACGGAACCGCGCCUUCGGCAGUUGCCCACUUUUUGUCCAACAUCGCCUCCGUCGCUUUGCUCGAUUUUUUCUUGAGUCCCGCGGAGACCAUAGAAAAAUGGGUCGGGUUGUCUUUUUUUAUUUUUUAUUUUUCUCUCCUCGAGCAGGGAAAAAUACGAGCAAACUGCGGAGGCGUCCGCAGGCCACACUUGUAUAGGAUAGCUAAAGCAAUAAAUUUAAGAGCUUCGCUACGAUAUGUCCUUAUAGAGGGUAAUUGUUGUUAACAAUUUUUAGCAAUUAAUGCCGUCGAUUAACGACCAACUAAUUACCGCCCUCGUUUCCUAAGCCAAGAGAAGCACCCGCGUCCUUAUCCCUAGAAUCGAGACAGUUGUUACUGCACGUAUUUUACAGUCUGUAUUUAUUUGUAUCUCCCGCGACUCGUCCGCAGGUCAGUAGGUCCAUUUAGUUGGCACAAUGAAAUCUUCAAAAUGCCAUUGACAGAUUGAUACUGCAAAAUCUUGUUUAAUGCGAUUUCAUGGGAACCAAUGGGUCUAUUCGUAAAAAUAAUAAUGUCAAUAUUCUUUCGUGAAGUCGCUAAUAAUUUGUAUUUUUUUUUCUGAACUAGAUAAAAUUAUAUCCGUUUGAUACCCUCGGAUUUGCGUAACGUUUCUGUACCAAGACGUAUGUAGUUUCCUCGAGCGAUAAUUAGAUUACGUUUAUUUUAUACGAAUGAUUAUUCUGCUUUAUUAUGACUUAUUCGUUGUUUUAUCUUUUUUUUUUAUAGCAUAUAUAUAUAUAAAAGGAACAAUAAAUAUAUUACUCGUUUUUUU